AUGGUUGACUCAUCACUUAAUCUAUUUCUAUGUUUUCUAAUUACUAAUGAUGCUUUAGAAAAUAAUCUGUCAGCAGGUACUGAAGUUGCAGUUCUAUUUAUACCUAAGACUGGUAGAAAGGAAUACGUCUUACCAAAAUCCUUUAGACCUAUAAGCCUUACUUUCUUCCUUCUGAAGACAUUGGAAAAGGUUAUAGAUAGAUAUAUAACUCGUAGGGAUGUAGCUCUAGCUACGAGACCUAUACACUACAACCAGCCUGCUUACCGCAGAGGCAAAUCUACGGAAACAACCCUGAUCAGUUUUAUUGACAGGGUCGAAAAAGCGCUAGAGGAUAAAGAAAUAGCUCUUUGUGCCUUUCUAGACAUUGAGGGCGCCUUUGACAGUAGCGCUACAUCACUACUGGUGAGCGGCCUGACAUCUAAAAAUGUUGACACCACAACCAUCAGGUGGUUGAAGUCGAUGCUCUCAAACAGAAAGGCAAAAAUAGAGAUGUUUCAAACCUCAAUUGAGAUUGCAACUACAAGAGGCUGUCCACAAGGGCUUAGCAGUGAAUUGUAG